AUGGAGGAUGAUCUCAGAAUCAGGCCCUUUCCUAUGGACGCUGGUUGCGAGGUUACCGUCAUCCAGCCUUUGUAUUUUCACGUCCAGAAACGACAUACUGUCUCCUACUGCCUCUUCGCGGGUAAAUUGUAUGGCCGGAAAGACUUCAUUCAGCCUCUGAUGUAGCCUUUCGACCUCGCGGUUCUUUAUCUCGACAAAGGUGUCGUCUACAUAGCGGAGCCACAUUUUGGGGUUGAGAGUGUGAAAAACCUCAUGCUCUAGUCGCUGUAGCUCUAGUUCGGCGAGUAGACCGGAUAUUGGGGAGCCCAUUGGACUCCCCUUCACCUGUUGGUAGUACUUAUUGUCGAACAUACAAUAGUUCUUAAGACACAGUUGGAGCAGUUUUAUAACGUGGUGCGCUGGGAUACCAACAGGAUUGUCCUGUAGCCGUUGGGCUACGCAGUCAAUUGCCAAGUCGUGCGGUAUAGAAGAAAAUAAGGCAACGACGUCAAAAGACAAGAAGCAUUCAUCAGUGCUUACAUUGAGGCCGUCGAUCCGGUUGAGGAAUUCGUGGGAGCUGUUAAUGCUUUAGCGAGAUCCGUGAGUUAGCGGCUUCAGAUGCUUGCACAGCCACUUGGCUAAAUUGUAGGUAGGGGAUCCGAUAAGCGGUACAAUAAUCAUCAGUGGGGCACCAAUUUUGUGAACCUUUGGGAGACCGUACGCGUGUGCGACAUGGGGAUCACUGAGGGACAUAAACUUUGAGUCAUCUGGACCUAUGACUUUCAGUCGAGCAAGCUCAUUAACCUUUUUCUUGAUGGCUGCGGCUUGCUUUUUCGUUGGGUCUUCGGUGAGAAUGGUGUAAGAAUCCGUGUCACUGAAGAUUAUAUUCGCCUUGUUGACGUAGUCAGUUUUGUCCAUGAUGACGGUAGCGCCACCUCUGUCGGCAGGUACAACAACAAUACUGUGGUCCGACGACGGGUUGGUGUCACCAAUUCGAAAAUUCACGAGCACAACUCGAUUUUUUCCGAAGAACCUCUUCCUUUUUCAUAUAUAUAUAUAUAUAUAUAUAUAUAUAUAUAUAUAUAUAAAUUAUGACAGUCGGCGCUCGCCGAUCAGGUUACGGAACAUGCUCGUUCCGUUGUGCCUUGGGGCUCAUACUAGAACCCUCGCAGGCAGUCGCACAGCGACUAGUAAUAGACAUAGAUGAGAUGAUACCGACAAAGACAAGGGAGACCGGAAUGGCCAUUUCUGGCUUAUUAGCCGUCGUAAGCCAGCCAUACCCAAGCCCGAAGUGUGGAACGCCCGAGCCUCGAACUCGCGACCUGUUGGUUUAUAAGUCCACGCCUCUACCUACCGAACCACGAGCCCGUUGCCCUGUCGGUUUUCGAUCGGGAGUUCGAGGCUCGGGUGUUCCACACUUCGGGCUUGGGUAUGGCUAGCUGACUACGGCUAAUAAGCCAGAAAUGGCCAUUCCAGUCUCCCUUGUCUUUGUCGGUAAUAUCAUUCUGCCUAUAUACAUAUAUAUCUAUACUGGCUAUCCCUCUCCAUGACCCGGUCCCUCGUAUUUGCACACGCACACCAAUGCGACCACUGUUUCAAAUGGGAUGACACCGAGGUCAUCGUCACGGCCAACACAAAACGGGCGAGAGAAUUUCCAGAGGCAUGGCACUCUAAACCGGACAGCAUCAACCGCCACGUUUACCUAGACGCCCAUUAUGAGGGCCUAAAAUCACGUCUCACUGAGCUGAGCCCCACGCCGCAUCAGCGGCUACCAAUCCAGGCGCCCACAGUUCCUCCAACUGACAGUUCUCCCUCCCCUCUAGCACGGGGAACCGUAACUGUUCUCUCGCCCCCAUCCGGCUCAGAACAAAACAUGACUCCCUGCACGCAUCAUUUCUCACACGCUAAUGGUCCGCCCAUCAAUGAUUGUUCUGCUGCGCCAACUAGUCUUUUGGGGUUGUCUAUAUAUGCAUAUACACAUAUAUAUAAUGGUAGAGGGCGUUCACCGAUCGUUCAUACGAAAAUCACACGUUCCGUUGUGCCCUACGGGCUCUCUCUCGAGCCCAACCAACAGCUGCACAGCGGCGCAUGAUAUAGGCUGUACGUUAUUACCGUCAGAGACAAUGGAGACUGGAAUAACCAUCUCUGGCUUAUCGGCCGUCGUCAGCCAGUCAUUCCCAAACCCGAAGUAGGGAACACCCGAGGCUCGAACUCGCUACCUGCUAGUUAGAAAUCCACGCCUCUAACAACUGGGUAACGAGCCUCGGGUGUUCCACACUUCGGGGUUGGGUAUGACUGGCUAACGACUGCUCAUAAUACAGAAAUGGCCAUUCCAGUCUCCCUUGAAUUUAUCGGUAGUGCCAUUCUGCAUAUAUAUGAUGCGUCGCUGUGCCGCUGUUGGUUGGGCUCCAUAGAGCCCGUAAAGCAAAACGGCUGCUGCAAUGCUGUGUGUCAUUCCGCGGUUCCAGCAUCACUGCGAUCUGCUACAUUACCAAGUAUGAUCUAAACCUGCUUGGUCUCGACUGGAUUGAACAACUUCGGUUGACCGAUAUGCCGCUCCACGUUCUUUGCAGUCAGGUGUAGAUUCCCGCUGGGCUUGCAGACCAAACCAAAGACAUUCUCCAACGGUUUGCUCCAGUGUUCCAAGACGGCCUGGGUCGUUGCACGUACACUCAAGCCGUGCUACAUCUGUCUCCUGGAAAUCAACCAGUCUUCCGUCCAAAGCGACCAGUCCCAUAUGCAGCCCUACCACUUGUCGAGGCUGAAUUGAAGCGUCUAGAGGAAUUGGAAGUUCUGGUUCCUGUAUCCUACUCCGCCUGGGCCGCUCCAAUCGUUGUGGUUAAGGAGCCCAAGGGCUCUAUCCGCAUUUGUGCUGACUUCUCCACCGGUCUCAAUGCCGCACUGACGCCGAACUGCUAUCCAUUACCGGUUCCGGCUGAUCUUUUCACCCUGCUGAACGGUGGCACUUGCUUUGCCAAGUUGGAUCUCGCUGAUGCGUAUCUGCAGAUCGAGGUCGUCCCAGAGUCGCGCGCAUUGUUGACCAUCAAUGCCCACCGCGGUCUGUUCCAAUACACCAGGCUGCUCUUUGGUGUCAAGACCGCCCCGGCCCUAUUCCAACAAACGAUAAACGCAAUGCUCUCCGGCAUCCCUGGCACAGCUGGGUACCUGGACGACAUCAUCAUCGUGGAUCGCUCCCCUGCCGAGCUGCAAGACCGAGUGUGUGCAGUACUCGAACGCGUGCAGGAAUAUGGCUUUCGGCUGCGGGCCGACAAGUGCCAAUUCUUCCUCGACUCUAUCAAGUACCUCGGAUUCGUUUUUGACGUCACUGGUCGCCAUCCAGACCCUGAAAACAUUCGGCCAUCCAACGGAUGCCUGUCCCCAAGAAUGUAUUGCAACUUCGUUCGUUUCUUAGCCUGAUCAGCUACUAUAACGCCUUCCUACCAUCGCUGCAUGACGUACGGGCCCCGCUCAACCGUCUGUUGCAGAAGGAUGCUCCCUGGUGCUGGUCCCCCGACUGUGAAAAGGCCUUCGCCCAGCUAAAGUCGAUGCUGAGUUCAGAUCUGCUGCUCACGCACUACGACCUGACGCUGCCGAUCGUUGUUGCUGCAGAUGCUUCCAACCACGGAGUUGGUGCCGUCAUCCCACAUACUUUUCCUGAUGGGUGUGAAAAGGCGAUCAUGCAUGCAUCUCGCACGCUAACCCCUGCGGAGAAGAACUAUGGGCAAAUAGAGAAAGAAGCUCUAGCCCUCGUGUUUGCCGUCAAGAAAUUUCACAAACUAUUGUACGGUCGCCACUUCACGAUGUUGACGGAUCACAAACCAUUGCUGUCAAUCUUCGGUUCGAAGAAGGGCAUUCCCGUCUACUCAGCCAGCCGACUUCAGCGAUGGGCAACCAUCCUUCUUGGCUACGACUUCGAUAUUCGCUACUGUCGUACUACAGACUUUGGUCAGGCUGACGCCCUUUCUCGCCUCAUCAGCAAUCAGCAGGAACCGGAGGAAGAUACCGUGAUUGCAGCUAUUUCGAUUGAGGACGGUGUGCGCCGUCAGCUAUCAGACGCCAUACGAGGUAUCCCUGUCACUGCCGCGGACAUCCGACGUGCUACUGAACAGGAUCCCAUCCUCCGUUAG